UGUUUGGUAUUUUUUAGGCCCAUACUGAUGGUUUUGUUUCAAGGUUGAAUUUUGUUUGCUUUGUUUUUGUCCGAUUUUCUUUGGCCUUAAAAUCUUGACUAAUUGAAAUAAACCAUCUUUAAGUGAGCUGAAGGGCUGUGAGACAUCCGACGAGCCGCUGAACCCGGCGGCACGAGCGAACUCUGUUCGCAGGAGCUUAGGAAUUGCUGCGCCCGUACCCAAUCCGAUCGAUAAAUGGGGGCCGAACACUCGCAGCAGCGAAUCGAAGUCGAUGGACACGAGAUCCUCGAUGGCCGCCAGUCACAAGGCACUGGCAUGGGCGUAGGGCCAGGGCCGACAUUGGCCGCAGGCACAGGCUCACUAGGCGAUGGCAGCGCCAUGGUUCUGGCAGCAGCGGCUGCGACGGCGGCGGCCAACAAGCGACGGGGAGCUGGCCGACAGGCGAGUGGUGCACUACCCGGACCCGCCAGCAUUAUGAUAGCAAGCAAGCAGAUCAUCGCAGAGGCCGCAUCCCCCGGUAGCACAGAGCUGAGUAGGCCUCCGUCGCCGCCACUGAGCGUCUGCUCCGAUCUGCCCUACGUGUCGUACACGGAUCGGCCCAUCGGGGACUCGCCAAAGAUACGCAGCAAGCCGGCGCACAUGCUGCAGCAAAACAGUGCUCUGCGCGCGGCUGCCAGGAAAUCCCAUCCAGGUGGCUUUACCAGCUCCAUUAAGCCAAAGCGGCCUCAGUCGACGGCCUCCAGUCACAACAUUGUUAUAGUGCGACCCGGGGCCAUCGACGCUGGCGAGGAUGUGGACCAGGACUUGGCUCGGCUGCGCAACAUUCCGCAGUUCCUUCCCGUGCUACGCGAGUCCAUCACCUCGGCAACAUACACGCGCGAUGCAGAGAUCCUGGAGCGUCUGCACUCGCAGCACCUGGUGAAUAUCUGUACUCGCAUGCAGACACACCUGAAUCUGUGCGCCAACUACGUGUCCAGCGAACAAAACCACCUAGUCGAGCGCACCAAAGUGGUCAGCAACUCGAUCACCACCUUGUUCGCCAGCUUCGUGGACAUGCAGAAGACGUACGCCUCGUACGCGGAGCAGUUCGUCAAGAUCCGGAACGUUUCCCACCAGCUCAGCCGCUGCAAUUCGCUGCUGCACGAGAAUAUCGCCAGCCUCGAAGCCAUCAACAAUUUCCUCGACGACGAAGACCGCCUGGAGCCCUUCGUCUGGCGAACUGACGACAACAAGCUGAGGGGCGAGGCGGAGGGAGCCGCCGGGGGCAACAGCAGCCGUUUGUGGCGACUAUAGGGAAGGGACUACUAUUAAAUAAUUUAAAAUAAUUACUACAAUGUGAAUAUUAAUCUGUUAUUGAUUCCCGCAUUCGCGACUAUUUAUUAGUAAAUUAAACAAUCAAAAAGUCUA